GUGACCUUCCUGGUCGAUACGGGGGCUCAACAUUCAGUUUUAACUGAGGCAAAAGGACCCUUGAGCUCUAAAACGUCUUGGGUUCAGGGGGCAACUGGAGGCAAGUUAUAUCGAUGGACAACCGAACGGAAGGUCCACCUGAGCACUGGGCAAGUAACGCAUUCCUUCUUACUGGUCCCAGACUGCCCUUACCCUCUCCUAGGCAGAGACCUUCUUUCAAAAGUAGGGGCCCAGAUACAUUUUCAGCAAAAAGGGGCCACUAUUACUGGCGCGGGAGGGCAGCCCCUCCAGGUACUGACCUUGCGCCUAGAGGAUGAACACCGGCUGCACGAGGACUCUCCACCGUCCGUGCAGCCCCUAGAUUCUGAAUAGCUCACUAACUACCCUCAGGCCUGGGUGGAAACGGCCAGAAUGGGACUAGCUGUAAACCAGCCACCCAUAAUUAUAAACUUAAAACCCUCGGCCACCCCCAUAUCGAUCUGGCAAUAUUCAAUGAGCAAAGAGGCCAAAGAAGGCAUUCGGCCCCAUAUACAGAGACUAUUACAAUUGGGCAUUUUAAUACCUUGUCAGUGACCCUGGAAUACUCCUCUACUACCCGUAAAAAAACCCGGCACAGGAGAUUACCGGCCGGUACAAGAUUUACGAGAGGUUAACUGGAGGACAGAGGACAUACAUCCCACGGUGCCGAAUACCUACAACUUGCUCAGCACCUUACCCCCAAGCCAUGUCUGGUAUAUGGUGUUAGAUCUAAAAGAUGCAUUCUUUCGCCUAAGGUUAAGCUCUCAAAGCCAGCCUAUUUUUGCCUUUGUGAAAGAUCCUGAGACGGGAUUCUCAGGACAACUCACUUGGACAAGGCUGCCACAGGGAUUCAAAAACUCCCCCACUUUGUUCGAUGAAGCCUUGCAUCGGGACUUGGCAGAUUUCCGAGUUGGCCAUCCGGACCUCGUCCUCCUGCAGUACGUGGAUGAUUUGCUCCUGGCGGCUAGGACAGAACAGGAUUGUGUAAAAGAAACCGAGUCCCCCUCCCUAGUAAUGCAUGAUUGCCACCAGAUCCUAGCUGAAGUCCAUGGCACCAGAGGGGACUUGACGGACCAGCCUUUGCCAGAUGCUGAAGCAACCUGGUACACGGAUGGGAGUAGCUUUCUACGAAAUGGUGAGCGUAAAGCCGGGGCAGCCGUGGUAGAUGGGAAAGCUGUCAUUUGGGUCAGUGCCUUAGAGCCUGGGACUUCAGCUCAAAGGGCAGAGCUUAUAGCCCUAACUCAGGCCCUAAGAAAGGCUAAGGACAAAAAGGUCAACAUUUAUACUGACAGCAGAUAUGCUUUUGCAACUGCCCAUGUUCAUGGAGAAAUAUACCGUAGAAGGGGUCUCCUAACCUCAGCAGGUAAAAACAUCAAAAACAGAGAAGAAAUACAAGAUCUUCUCCAUUCCCUCUUUCUGCCGAGAAAACUGAGUAUAAUUCACUGUCCUGGGCAUCAGCGAGGCAAUGACCCAGUAGCAGAGGGGAACAGGAUGGCCGAUGAGACAGCACGGGCCGCUGCACUAGGCCCACAGGCCCUCUCCCUACAAGUACCAGAGGCUGUCCGGACACCGGGGCAACUCUCUCUCGAGUACUCAGACAGCGACCUAGAUAUCGUCCAGCAAAUAGGGGCAAAAUAUGACGAGCAAAUGAAGGUCUGGAAACACCAAGGGAAGACGGUCCUGCCCCAGAAAAGGGCCAAAGAACUGAUGACUCACCUCCACCGAUGGACUCACCUCGGACACACACAAAAAAAAUUAAAAGCACUCCUCCGGAGAGAAGGUCAGACCUAUUACAUUCCCAAACUCCCCUCCCUGAUCCAACAGGUAACCGACGCUUGUGUACCUUGUGCUAAGGUAAAUACCAAACACUUCAAGAUGCCUGAGGGAACCGGGAUGAGGGGAGAAAAACCCGGAACUAAUUGGGAAGUAGACUUCACCGAAAUCAAGCCAGGUAAAUAUGGUAACAAGUACCUCCUAGUGUUUAUAGAUACCUUUUCAGGCUGGACAGAAGCAUUCCCCACCAAGCGAGAAACCGCCCAGGUGGUUGUCAAGAAAAUCCUGGAAGAAAUUUUCCCCCGGUUUGGACUGCCCAAGGUAAUAGGGUCGGACAACCGCCCCGCCUUCGUCUCCCAGGUAAGUCAGUUGGUGGCCAGAUUACUGGGGAUAAAUUGGAAAUUACAUUGUGCAUACAGACCCCAGAGCUCAGGUCAGGUAGAAAGAAUGAAUAGAACAAUUAAAGAGACCCUAACUAAAUUGACAUUGGAGACUGGCACUAGAGACUGGGUCCAACUCCUCCCUAUGGUUCUGUUCCGAGUCCGGAACACUCCCGCGCGCCAUGGGCUAACUCCUUACGAGAUUCUCUAUGGAGGUCCCCCACCAGUAACGGACUUACUAGAUUCUGCUCUUGACCCUCUUGCUAACACUCCCGGUUUACAGGACAGGCUAAAGGCGCUCCAGAUUAUCCAGCACCAGAUCUGGAAACCCCUUGCGGCUGUCUACCGCCCCGGAGACACAACCGGCCCACACCCGUUCCAGAUCGCUGACUCCGUCUAUGUCAGGAGACAUCAGUCCAGGACGCUUGAGCCCCGCUGGAAGGGCCCAUAUACUGUACUACUGACCACCCCAACCGCCUUAAAGGUAGACGGCAUUGCUGCUUGGGUCCACGCCUCACACGUCCAGCGCGCCCCAUCAACGAGCACCGCUGACGCCAGCCAGGACGGACCGGACGAGCCACUCCAAUGGAAGCUCCACCGCACCCAAAACCCGCUCAAGAUAAGACUUUCAAAAAUUGUUCAAUGACAGUUGUUAUAUUCCUACCUCUCC